UGAAGGCCGUGAAAGCGAGAAGGUGGAUGUACGUGUACCGCGGCAAACGCGAGCGGUCCGGGGAAUGGCGUAGAGGCCCAUCGCAGGCUUUCGCAUGGCAAAGGGAUGAACUUCCCCGCCCCCCUACAGUUGUCCAUUGGGGUCGACUUCCAGCCCUUCUCCGAUGAGGUCAAGUACAGCAUCCUGGGCGUGUCCGUCUUUCUUUUCCUGGUGGCCGUCGGCAUCCUGGGAUGGCAGAUUCACCGCUACUGCACGCGGACCCGACCUCACGGGAUCGGGAACGGCUUCCUGCGCACCGGAGACGAACCCGCGACCAAGGGGGUGGUUGGAAAAGAAAUUCCGAUGCCCGAUUUCAAGGUGACAUCAUUGUCCCGGUUGUCGGUUUCCCCUCUAUUCAAGCUGCCCAUCCCUGCGGGCAGUGCUACUAGUACUGAGGUUGGACGGAUGCAGGAUGAGACCCAGAGGUUGAGCCGCUGCCUCUCCGCCGGCUCCUUGCCGUCGAACUCGGGCAGCGUGGAGGCGGACGGCCUGGCGGAGGACGGCCUGGCGGAGGACUCGGGGGAGGAGGACCGCAUCCGCGGCUCGCUGCGCUUCUCCCUUUUCUACGACCAGCUGCGUUCCCGGCUGGUGGUGACCGUGCUGGGGGCGCAGCGUCUGCCCACGCGGGACUUCAGCUGCAGCGUGGACCCCUUCGUGCACGUGCGCCUGCUGCGGGCGGUGCCGGGCGAGGAGGACGGCGAGGGAGCGGCGGACGAGGCCGCGUGCUGCGUGCUGCACGAGUGGCGGUCCCGCCUGGUGAAGGGCUGCAGCAGCCCCGCGUUCGGGGACGAGUUCUCGUGCACGUUGGCCAAGGACGAGGUGCCAAGCGUCACGGUCAGGAUGGAGGUCCGGGACUUUGACAGGUACUCCAGGCACGGGGUUCUAGGGGAGAUCAGAGCUCCUCUGGACGGACUCGACAUCUCGUACCCCCUGGAGGUCACGGAGGACUUGGCAGCGCCGAGAAAGGACCAGGUGGGAAAAGUGCUCCUCUCCCUCAGGUAUCUUCCCAUAUCGCAGAGGCUCGAAGUCGGUCUUCUGAAAGUCAGGGCUUUUUGUCGACAAGUUGCCAAUGACAAAGCUCUGUAUGCCAGGAUCUGCGUAGUCUGCAACCGGCGCAAGCUCCAGCACCAGAGCACCUCGCUGAGGACGCGGUGGGACGUGACCGUCUUCAACGAGACCGUGACGUUCACGCUGCCCGACCAACCCGUCAGGGAGUGCGCCGUCACGGUCUCCGUGUACGAGGUGGCGGCGGGCAGGAAGUCGAGCAGGCGCCUCGUUGGCCAGGCUGCCCUCGGGAAGGCCUGGGGUAGUGAAGACGAACACUGGCGCCUGAUGAUGCGAUCGCUCCGCCAGACGGUCGCCAGGUGGCACCCGCUUUACAUCUGAGGGGGCGGCGGCGUGUCGCUGACGUGUAUUUCGACGUGUCCACCGUCACGCGACAUAGUACCGACAUGCAGAGUGCAUGUCUGCGACUUGGUGCCACCGAACAAAGUGGGAGCGUGUGUUUGCAUAUGUUUGCAUAUGCACCAAAGCAUACCGGAGAGCCUUGGACCCAUUCAGAGC